AAACUUGGAGGCUGUAAAAUGUCCUCAUUGAAGUCAUGUUUUUAUCAGCUUUAGUCUCUGUCCCACAGGAAUCCCCUGAGUUUGAGCAUCCCAGUCUCUUAAUCGUCUCUGGUAGUUAAUACUUGAUCAUCUUUCUAUUUAACUUCUGGUUAACCACUUGCUUCUUCACUUAAAAAGACAUGCUUCGUCGCACAAAACAGUUAAAGUCUCUUGUCUGCAGUGCUGCUGGACUGAUUACAAAGCAAUCCACAUAAGCUGAUUAACAUUUGAUUGUUGCUGCUCAGGACUUUACCAUCAACUUACAAUAAAUGGUGUCUAUAUGGGUCUGUGGUGUCCAGUUGAUUUCCAAAAUAUGUUGGAUGGGGUCUGUAGAAAAACAAUACAUGCGCACAUAAAUUCUAGCUUUGUGCCUAAACACUUGUGAUUGACAAUGCUCCACUUUAAGCGCCCAGCCAUGGUUCAACGUGUGGCAGUCAUUGGAGCAGGCAGUUCGGGUCUGGCCUGUAUAAAGAUCUGUGUGGAUGAGGGGCUGGAGCCUGUCUGCUUUGAAAGUAGUGAUGACAUUGGUGGCUUGUGGAAAUAUAAGGAGUCAGCUGAACCGGAGCGAUCAAGUAUCUACCAGUCUUUGGUAGUCAAUACCUCCAAAGAGAUGAUGUGUUUCAGUGAUUUUCCGAUGCCCGACCAUUACCCAAACUACAUGCACAACUCCCAGCUGCUUCAGUACUUCAGGCUCUAUGCUGAGCACUUUGAUCUGCUCAGACACAUUAACUUCAAGACCACAGUGAGGAGAGUUGCUCAGAGGCCAGACUUUUGCCUGUCGGGUCAGUGGGACGUACUGACAACCAACGAGAAUGGUGAAGAAGAAAAACACGUCUUUGAUGCUGUACUGGUGUGUUCGGGCCAUUAUACCCACCCAGCCGUACCGAUGUCUGACUUUCAAGGGUACGAAACCUUUCAUGGGAGGUGUCUUCACAGCUGGGAAUACAAAAAUGCAGAGGAAUACAGAAGAAAGAGGGUGGUGGUGGUUGGCAUUGGCAACUCUGGAGGAGACAUUGCGGUAGAGAUCAGCAGAUCUGCAGAGAAGACAUUUCUCAGUACACGCCAGGGAGCCUGGGUGAUUGGCAGAAUGUCUAGCCAAGGCCUUCCUCUGGACAUGACGGCUAUUACCAGGUUCAACAACUUCUUGGCAACGGUGCUACCCAAGAGUUUAGUCAACUGGGCAGCAGAGAGAGCACUGAAUUAUAAAUAUAACCACAAACUGUAUGGUUUGAAACCCAGGCACAGACUCUUGGACAGAAGGCCUUUGAUCAAUGAUGAUCUUCCAGGCCGAAUCCUCCAAGGGGCCGUGGUCAUGAAGUCCAACAUAAAAGGAUUCCAAGAUACGGGAGUCAUAUUUGAAGAUGGGACCGUGGAAGAAAACAUAGAUGCUGUGAUAUUUUGCACUGGUUAUAAUGGAACUUUCCCAUUCCUGCCUUCAUUUCUGUCCAAUGGAGAGCUGACACUGUACAAAAGAGUGUUUCCCCCAUCUCUGCUACACCCAACUCUUGCGAUCAUGGGACUUUUCCAAGCAAAAGGACCAAUUAUGCCCAUUGUGGAGAUGCAGGCACGCUGGGCUGUUAAAGUCUUCACAGGUGCGAGCCAUCUGCCACCCAAAGAACGAAUGCUGGAAGUCAUUGAGUCCGAUAGAAGACGCAACAUGAACAGCUACCCCUGCCCCCGGCAGGCCGCUCUACAGGUGGAUUACAUAACAUAUAUAGAUUUCAUGGCUGCACAGGUGGGGGUUAGACCAAACCUCUUGAGACUGCUUUUCAGAGAUCCUGUGCUCUGGUUAAAGAUUUUCUUCGGUCCUUGCACUCCAUAUCAGUACCGUCUCACUGGGCCCGGACAGUGGGCGGGUGCCCGAGAAGUUAUCCUCACUCAGUGGGAGCGGGUCGCCAAGCCCUUCAGAACCAGAGCGGUACCGGAACCAGAUGACAGGACAUCUGUCCUGAAGUCUCCCUGGCUCAUUGCAAUUGGAGGAACAGUUAUAAUGGCUGCGCUUUUGUCUAAACAUAAGAUUCCAAUUCUGCAACAUGCCACUACGAUUUGGGGCGGUGGCAAAACUUUCCUAAGGAACUCAUGGUUGAAUAGUUGAUUAAAGUUUGUUUUUGUGUUCAGACCAAUCAGAGACGGCAUGUAUGUAUGUAUGUAUGUAUGUAUGUAUGUAUGUAUGUAUGUAUGUAUGUAUGUAUGUAUCAUAGAAAGUAAUCUGUUCUGAUUUGUGUCAGUUUCAACUGAAAGGGGGUGUCAGUGUCAUGAACA